AUGGACACGACUACGGCCACCGGCGUUUCAGUGAAAGAAGACCAAGUAUCGACCGCGACCUCCACCUCCACCUCCACUAUGCCCACGCUCCCAAACGGCUGGGGGCCCACCAAGGAAGACGGCAUGACGCCCGUCAUCCUUGGUCUAUCUCUCUUGCUCGCGCUACUUUUGAUCAUCGUCAUGAUGGGGAUCGUGUUGUGGAGACGAAAGAGGCGGAAGUUGAAGGGGAAGGAUAGGGAUGCGGAGAAGACAACGGAUGUGCCGGACCAAGAACUCUCUGAAGAACACAAGCGGGCCAUGUCUCAACAGCGGAUGUGGUCGAGGGCGUCCGCUCGAUGGAUGAACAACGUCCGCCAGGCCGCUCGCCGACGGCGAAAGCGGGUCGCUACUGGACUGGUCAAGGGCUCCGACGUGAGUCUACUCGAUCAGCCAAGUUUUGCUGGCUGCUCCUCCUCCGUCUCUCUUGCGCACACAUCUACUACGCAAGGCGACGCAUCGUCUAGCUGGCGACGUUCAUCGCGCAGCAGAAGCCGGGGUGAGAUGCGCUCGCUUUCGAGGAGCCGCUCUUCCUCCAUCCGCUUGCACGAUCCUGAGGGCCCGUCACGCCCAUUGUCCCACCCCCCCGCAUACAUCCCCCGUCCAUCGUGCGAUCGCACGACCGAACACCUCCACCCUUCCGACUCCACCACUCCCUCGUCAUCAACACCAAAGGCGUCCUUCGCAUUCGCGGCACAGUCAAGCACCCCUGUUCCAACACCCCCAUCAUCGCCAAUCCCCUAUGAUUCAAUACACUCUGCGCACGUCGCGACGGACGACAAAGUCGUUUUGGCGCGAAUGGCAGAGCUGGCAAGCGCUCCGCCUCCCACUGCGGCGUCAUGGCCAACUGCCCCCUCCGCAGGAUCCACCGAGAUCCGUCCGUCCGUUCCGGAGCUGGAAGAGGAGUUCGAGGUGCUGCCAUCGGAACUGGACUCCAGGCUGUACGGAGACCGGGCGGACCGUCGGGCGUCGUCGUCUCGGACAGCACAUGACAGGUUCCGGGAAGGCGAAGACCCCCAACCCGCCGAUUCAGGCUUGCACCAAGACUGUAUGGACGGGGAAGUACCAACGUACGCCGAAGACGCCUUGCGACAUCGAACGCUCGCGCUGCCCGCGCCGCCGCAGAAGGUACCGCUGAAUGGGCCGUCAUUCUACGAGUAUCCGAGCGAGUUUGAGGACGAUGUGGCGAACGUCGGGCCGUCGCUAGGUCCCUCAUCGCCGCCAUUCGAAGCCCCGUCCGCCCCGCCAUGCGAGGAGGAAGACCCGCGCAUGAUGUUCCCCAGUGCACCGCCGCUCGAGUACGCGGAAGGAUCGUCGCCAUCUUCGGAAGCAUGCAUUCCGUCCGCCCCCGCGCUCGAGUCUCCGACCGGCCUCGCCCCCGCGCUACCCUUUCCAGCGCCGGCGCUGAACCCGAGACCAUGUCCUGGCGAUCAUGGCCCCCCAGGCCUGAUGGGGAUGUCCCCGUGGCUGUCGCUGAGCCCUGCCCACCACGGUACCUGCCGUAACGGGUGGAGGCAGCAUCCGCGUUUGUUUCCAUGCCUCGGAGGACCGCCGUUGUCGUUACAAGUAAACAAAAGCCGCUGCGCAUGCUCUUGGGAAGACUAUAGUUAUGUAUCUCUAUUCCGACGCGUCGCGAGCUCUGUACGUUUUUGUCGUUCUUUUGCCCCGCAUCCCACAUCCCGCUGCUCUCCACCCAUAUGGACCGUUUGUUGCAGCUAUACCGUUACGUGA